CUCACCCUCUCCCUCAUCACCUGGCAGGUAGAAACGGAGCUCUUCCCCUGCCUCAGACACUUUGGACUGAGGUUCUAUGUCUUCAACCCUUUGGCUGGUGGCCUGCUGACAGGCAAAUACAGCUAUGAGGACAAGGACAGCAAGCAGCCUGAGGGCCGCUUCUUUGGUUACAUCCAGGCUGAGAUGUACUGGAAUCGCUACUGGAAGGAGGAGCACUUCAAGGCCAUCGCCCUGGUGGAGAAGGCUCUGCAGGCCGCCUAUGGCCCCAGUGCCCCCAGCAUGACCUCGGCUGCCCUGAGGUGGCUGUACCAGCACUCCUGGCUGCAGGCCACCCAUGAGGACGCAGUCAUUCUGGGCAUGUCCAGCCUAGACCAACUGGAGCAGAACUUGGCUGUCACUGAGCAAGGGCCCUUGGAGCCGGGAGUCAUGGAAGCCUUUGAUUAAGCCUGGAACCUGGUUACCCACCAGUGUCCCAACUACUUCCGUUAGGUUCCACCUGAC